UCAGCGGGGCCGGGACGGCUGGGUCCCCCGGGGGGGCCCCGCCGGAGUUAGGAGGCGGCGCCCGAGAGUCCCCGGAGGAGGAUGGGCUGCGGACACAGCACGCUGAGCUGCUGCAAAGCCCCCAAAAAGAGGCGCCAAAAACCAGAUCAGCCACUCAGACCAGAGCCACAGGAACUAGGUCCCCUCAAUGGGGAUACAGCCCCAGCCAUCCAGCUCUGCGCAUCUGAGGAGGCUGAGGAGUACCAGAAGGAGAUAACCAGAAUUCUCCUGCAACACGAAGAGGACAGGAAGAAAUGGACACAACAGGAGGAGGAGGACAGGAAGCUAGAGCUUGGAGAGAAGCUAGAUGAACAGAGAAGAGUCCUGGAAAGAGAGCAUGAGGAGACCCUGCAAGUCCUCCGGGCCUCGCAUGAGCAGGAGAAGGAAGCCCUAACCCACUCCUUUCAGGAGGCCAAGGCGACUCUGCAGGAGACCAUCGAUGGACUGUCCUCACAGCUGGAGGUCUUCCAGGCCAAGAUGAAGAGGGUAGAAGAGUCCAUUUUGAGCCGAGACUAUAAGAAGCACAUCCAGGAUUAUGGGAGCCCCAGCCAGUUCUGGGAGCAGGAGCUGGAGAGUUUACACUUUGUCAUCGAGAUGAAGAACGAGCGUAUUCACGAGCUGGACAAGCGGCUGAUCCUCAUGGAAACAGUGAAAGAAAAAAAUCUGAUGUUGGAGGAAAAAAUCUCCACCCUGCAGCAGGAGAACGAGGACCUCCAUGUCCGGGCCCGCAACCAGAUGGUUAUGUCAAGACAGCUCUCGGAGGACCUGCUUCUCGCCCGCGAGGCCCUGGAGAAGGAGUCCCAGUUGCGACAACAGCUCCAGCAGGAGAAGGAGGAGCUGCUGUACCGGGUUCUCGGGACCGACGCCUCCCCUGCCUUCCCCCUGGCCUCUGUCACCCCCACGGAGGUCUCCUUCCUCGCCAGCUAGGGCCCGGGCCUGGGCCCUCCAUGACGCCUGUGGUCAUGGCUCCCUCUUGAUGACUUACUGAAGAAGACAGCAGGAGCCUCUCGUCUUGUCCCAGGAAGGGCGGAGGGCAGGAGUGAGGGGGGAGCCAGGGUGUGUGCCCUGAGGCCUGGGGGCCUGGGCCAUGCAGGAUCACCCAUAGGGUGAUGGAAGGCCCCAGAUGCGCCUUCCCUGGAGUUGGCCCUGGGGAACAAGCAAAAGGAGCCCUUCCGUCCCUCCCUAUUCUCUCUGUUCAAAUCAGGGAAGUCCUAACCUUUUUCUAGGGGAAGUGCUGCUGAGGUCAUCUGACAAAGAGACAAGCCCCCUGGUCCUGACUUGGUAGCUUUCCCCAGAUGUUCUCGCCUCUGCUCAGACCCUCCCUUAGCCUCAGUUUACCUGUCCUCUAAAACAGGCAGGGGACCUGAACGAAUGAUACUUGAGUCUCUACAAUGUCCCAUUCUAGGUUUGUUUGAAGGUCAGACAGGGAGCUGGGGACAGGGGACGAAGUGGGCCAAACCCUGGGAAUCAACAGGGAAAGGUGAGCAGCUGGAAAGGGGGUUGCUGGAGGCCCAUUGGGCUAGCGGUGCCAGGGCCGAACCAGCCAAAGCAGGGGCUAGACAUGACCUGGGGUAAGCCACUGCUUCUGGUCCCAGAGUCUGGUCAGCCCAGGGGUAAGCCAGAGAUCCUCCUCCCUGACCAGGCAAGGCUCACUCCCUCAGCCCUCCAGGUCUCUCUGUCUCAGGGCCACCUCGUGGGUCUGGAGACACCUAGCUGCCAGAGCUAGAACCUCAUCCCUGUAGAGAUGAGGAAACCACGGUGGGGAGUGGAGCCCACAAAGCCAGGACCAGGACCUCAGCUGUCAUCCCGCUUUUAGCUCGCUGUGCUUGUUUUUCUCCUCAGGCUCUGGAAAAAUCAGACGUGUGACUUACCUUCUCCUCCUUCCUCUACCUGCCCACCCCCCGCCCCCGCCGACUUCUGGUUUCUCUCUUCCUCCUGCUCCCUACCUUUACUCCUUCUACCACGCCCGAUGCCAGGUGCCAGGACCCCAGAGCCUGGCCCUCAGCUUCCCCAUCAGUGCAGAGGCGUGGCUGGAGAAACCAGCCUUGGAAGGCCAGUGCAGCCCAGACUGUCUGUGGAUUUAAUAUUCUUCUCAAGAAGCUUCAGGUCAGCUGGACACUGUACAGAGAACCUCUCCCCUGCACAGAGCAUUUUAAUUCAAUGCUCUCACAUACACUCCCUCCUGUCAGCUACCUAAGAUUCUCGAAGCCAGUUGUCAUCCCUCUUCAGCAGCAGAGCAAACUGAGAAUCACAGGAGCCGGAGGACCUUCCCUGAGAUUCCCCGGCUCCAGCCCCAGAUCCCAGACCAGCAAGUAAGAAAGGCUAGUCCAGUAGAACUGAAGUUAGCUCCAUCAACCCAGACCUGGUCUUCAGCCAUUUCUUGUUCUGGAAUUCAGAUGUGACUCUCUUUCUCCAUUUCUCCCCUAGUAGGGCUAAGGGAGCGCUGAGCUGCUUCUCUGGCUGUGGGCAAACAGGUUAUAUAUCUGGGAGCCUUGGGAACAGCUCUGGAGUUGAAGUACACAUGUACUUCAUGCAUCUUUCCCCAAAGUUUGUCUGGGAUAUGCUAAUUCGUUGCACAUUAAUAGGCAUGACCAAGAAAAGAAUUGAUAGCCAAGUAAUCUGAGAAACUCUAGAUUCCAUCAAGUUAAACAGAUCUGCAAAGUGCAGGACUUCUCAGAACCCUUAAUGCACUAAUGUGAACUGCAAACUUCCAAGAAGGAAGCAGAGUAUCCAGCAUUUUCUAAACUCCUUUGACCAACGUCCUACCCCAACCUAAGCACUUCAGGCUGCAGAAUGCACUUUAGAAAGCAUCGUUUUA